UAAACACACUGUUCCCGGGUCAGCUCCGUGUCAGCGCCUUUAUCGAUCCUGGAGAGAGUGGCACUGCCGAGGUUUUCAAAGCUAGUUGUAUUCGUUUCACAGACGCAGCGAGUGGGUAUGACCGGAGGCGGGUUUACGGACGUGAAUGUGGAGGGAAGUUGACAAUUCGUGCACAGAACCUUUGGAGUUUUCGCUGACCGCAGAAGACGGAUAAACUCGGACCUCCUGUGCAAAGGCGACUGUGACGACUGCAAGCGGCACAGUGAGAGGCACUUGACUACAUGUCACAAAAGGUCCAUGCUAACUACUCACGGGGACGCGCACUCCGGGCAGAAAAAGCCGUGAGCUAAAGGCAGUUUUGGAGUGAAGUGAUUUGACGCUGCCACCGCCAGACCUGCGUUUCAGGUCUGUCCAGGUGAGCAGCUUGGGGGCGGGGUGCUUCCUGUUUCGGAGGAUUUCCGUGAGAGCACACAGGGCCAUACGGAGCUGUGGAGAUCCAGAGUGCCAAGGUGGGAGUGCCCGCAGCUGGUGAAGCUAAGGACUCUAUGGCAUAAAUCUGCUGCGUGGAUUCAGCUGGUGCUCCGCUCCUGACGCCCUGUCGCCAUUUUCCACAGCCCCUGGGAGAGGAGGGAGAGGAGGGAGAGGAGGCUCAGGCCAUGCCCGCCCUGUCCACCACCAUGGGCCACGAACCAGGCCUGUAUGAAUUGUUGGCAGCUCUGCCCUCACAACUGCAGCCUCAUGUGAGCCGGCCAGAGGACAGCAGCUUUCUCCAGAACAUGUUCAGAGAGAGGAGUCUGCACUCACUCAUCAAGAUCCACACUCGACUCCAGCUCUAUGAGGAGAUCAGACCCCUGCCUGUGGUGAAGAGUGUGUCCUCUCUGGCCUCCCAGCUGUCUGAGGAGCUCCAGGGGAAGACGUCCAAUGGUGAAAUCAAAGAGCUGCUGGCGCUGCUAUCCAGGCCCCAUGUGAAGAGUCUUCUUACAGUCCAUGACACUGUAGCCCAGAAGAAUUACGACCCUGAACUACCUCCUCUGCCUGAAGACCUGGACGAUGACGAGGACUCAGUGAAGAUCAUCCGCCUGGUCAAGAACAAGGAGCCUCUGGGAGCGACAAUCAGACAAGAUGACCACACCGGAGCCAUACUCAUCGCUCGGAUUAUGAGAGGAGGAGCAGCUGAUAGAAGUGGUCUGAUCCAUGUAGGAGAUGAACUCAAGGAGGUCAAUGGAAUCCCAGUGGAGGACAAGAAGCCUGAGGAGAUCAUUCGUAUUCUGGCUCAGUCCCAAGGAGCCAUCACCUUUAAGGUCGUCCCUGGAGCCAAGGAGGAAGCCCCAGUCAAAGAGCCUAAGGUCUUCAUGAAGGCCCUCUUUGACUACAGCCCUCAGGAGGACAAAGCCAUCCCAUGUAAAGAGGCUGGUCUGGCGUUCAAGAAAGGCGCCAUCCUACACAUUGUGAGCCAAGACGACCCAACCUGGUGGCAGGCCAAGCACCAGGGUGAAGCCAACCCGCGUGCCGGCCUCAUCCCCUCCAAACAGUUCCAGGAGAGGAGGUUCGCAGUCAAGCAGCCUGUAUCCACUCUCCCAUCCUCUCUACGCAGCUCAACCCGACGAUCAUCGGGCUUCAGGAGGAGCUUCCGCCUGAGCAGGAGAGACAAGAAGACCAACAAGUCCAUGUACGAGUGUAAGAAGAGCGAGCUGUACGACAUGGCUGACGUGCCCACCUACGAGGAGGUGACACAAUACCACAGGCAGCCCGGGGCCAAGCACAGGCUGGUGGUGCUUGUAGGUCCCACUGGAGUCGGGAUGAACGCUCUGAAGAGGAAGCUGCUCAUCUCAGACCCUCAGCACUUCAGCGUCACCAUCCCUCACACGAGUCGGCCCAGGAAGAACCAGGAGAGUGACGGGGUAGAGUACCACUUCAUCGCCAAGCACCUCUUUGAGACCGACAUUCACAAUAACAAGUUUAUCGAGUAUGGAGAGUACAAGGGAAACUACUACGGGACCAGCCUGGACUCCAUCCGCUCUGUCCUGGCCAAGAACAAAGUGUGCCUCAUCGACAUCCAGCCCCAUUCGAUAAAACACCUGAGGACAGCGGAGUUUAAGCCGUUUGUAGUCUUUGUCAAACCUCCGUCCCUGGAGAGACUGAGGGAGACCAGGAAACACGCCAAGUUCAUCUCUGGGAAGGACGAGAAGGCCAAUGGCAGAACCUUCACUGAGGAGGACUUCCAGGAGAUGGUCCGAACAGCCCAGCUCAUGGAGGCCCAGUACGGACACCUGUUUGAGAAGGUGAUCGUGAACGAUGACCUGUGCGCAGCCUUCAGCGAACUCCAGCUGGCUCUCCAACACAUCGAGACGGACGAGAACUGGGUCCCUGUCAGCUGGACCCACUCCUGAGCUCCACAAAGCACAAACAACAAUACUGUACACACGAUCCGGUCUCACAUCACUGCGCUGUCCAACGAAAGGGAAUAGACCAACUGUAGAAAGGAUCAUUGGUUAGUCUGGGUCCAGAUCUGGGACUUCCCGGGUCACAAUCUGGAUUUGUUUAGUCAGUAGCACAAAGUGGAACCAGCCUGGACUGUCAAAGUAUGGACGACGACUCUGCCAGAACUGUAACUGUGACGCCAAGUUGUGUUUACGCGUUCAGACCACUAGAAACCAAAGGGAUUGAUCGAUUUUUCUCUGUAACGUAACACAAGUCUUAAAGGGAAAAUGGGCAGCAAAGAAAACACUUUUAACUUCCAGACUUCAUCUUCCAAACAAAAUAUGGUCAGAUACAAAAAGGGCAUUGACUGUUUCUAUUUAAAACAAAUUAAUAUAUUUUUGAAAUGUUGUUUUUUCUACAUAUCUCUGACUGUAGCGGCAUUUGACACAUGUCUGCUUCAUUGCAGUGUUUUCAAUUCAUCUGAUUGAGUAUUGAUUUCACCCGUUUCAGUUGACAGAGGUGGGUAGAAUAGCAAAAAGUAAGAGUAACAUUGCUUCAAAAUAAUAUUCCUCAAGAAGAAGUAUAAAGUAGUGGCCCAAGAGAUUAGUAAGAGUAUUUCGGAAAACUACUACUGCAAGUAAGAGUAACUGUCUGAUCUGAUUUCUACUUUGAAGUGACUGGAAGGAUAGAACAUGAACUAAUGCACAAAAUCUGGUAUUUUCAAGGGACAGACACAAAAAUGAGAAAAACUAAAUGAUAUCUGAAGAAUGCAAGGAAUAGAAAUAUUUAAAUAAUUUCAUAUCGUCAACAUAAAUCUUUUGACACUUGUAGACUUACUCACAGUGAGAAGAGGAACCAAAACUAGUACUGUUACUGGCAGCACAGUCGCUCAGGCUUCACAGAAGGUUCUGUGUGGAGUUUGCAGAGAUGAGUCCCUGAGCAGUCUGCUCCUGAGGAGAUGCCACAGAGGCACUGAAGGAUGUGUCAAAUGUGUACCUUAACCUUAAACUUACUUCAGUAAAAAAUAUUACUCAAGUAGGCAUGUGCUGCUAGGAAAGUGCAGUUCCUUUAAAAAGUUGCUCAAGUAUCUGUAACUGAAUAAAUGUCAUUGAGUUGCCCAGUUGAGGUGCCCAAUAUAACUUGUAAAAGUCCAUCCGAAGUAGUGGUCAGAAGAAAAAGUUCACAAGUGUUUUAUGAGGGAGUGGUCACUAAUAGAGACCAGUCAUUCGCUCGAGAUCCCACUUUCGAGAAAUGCUAAGUAGCCGUUGGAGCUUUAUGAGUUUAUGGCUAACAUGAGACUUCUAUUCCAGCCAUAUUUCUAUUCCAGUGUCAUUUUUCACAGUUAAACAUUUAUAUAGACCAGCCAGUGCAGUACAGAUUGACCUUUUUUUUUUAUUUAUUUUUUUUUACUUAAAAUCACAUUGUAUAACUUUCUGAUUGUCUCCAUGGCAGCGUUAUUGCUUUGCAUGGAUUGUUCCACAGUAUGGCACGAAAUUAUCUAGUGCUGGAGUAAGUAGGUGAUGCUGCAAAGCCAAGUCAGAUCUGUGGAAAGGCAAACCUCCUCACAGUAAGAUUUUAUUUUUAUUUUUUUCAAAGGUAAUUUCUGGCAAUAAACACAAGUUUGCUUGAAUUAAGUUGAAAGAGAUGCGUUUAAUGCCGUACUCUGGAAAAUUCCAGGAAAAGUAAUGUCAAGCAGAUGGCAGACCCCUUUACCAGAAAAGUUACAUACUGCAUCUUUAAUAAUGAUAUAAAUUGAAGUUAUUUCACUAUUAUGUGGCACUCAAAUUCAGAUUAAGUUUUAGAUUUUAAAAUGAUUAUGACAUUGUUUUACUAACUUAAAUAUCUGUUUUGUAUGUACAGACAUUGAAUGAUGGUAAGGUUUGAGCAUUAACUGUGCAAUGUAGUUUUCCAUAUGACUCUACUAUAAAAUCACUCAAACUUUUAUUGGAUUUUCUUAAAUUUUCAAUCUGUUAUGUUCCCCUCAGAGUAAUUCUAUUUAAUGUGUAUCUGUUUUUCUUUCUACACUGCAGACAAAUUUAGUUUUAUGCACAUUUUUGUAGAUUUUGUUUAACUGGAUUUUAAAGUAAACCACAAUAUGUGAUUUGGGGCAGUACAGUCUAGUAAAUGCUCCUAUAUCUAUACAUAAUGUCUUAAUGUCUUAAAACCAGUAAAAAGUCACUGUACAUGUGUGUAUUUAAUUUGACAUGUGGGAGAAUUCACAUUGACAAAUCUAUGUAUCGUCCACUGUCACUUUGUGCUCGGGGCAGUAUCACUUUAAAGGGACACUUUGCUUAGUUUGAAUCAUGUUGUUUUGUAAAGCCCUGUGGCCCACACCUGCUGUGUUAAUAAUCACGUUUGUACAGUCUGCACAUAUAUUAGCUGUAAACGUGUCGAUGAGGCACGCUUUAUGAAAUCACUUAUUCUUGAUAAGGCCCAUGUUUUUUAUUAAAGACACUCCAUCUAGA